UUCAGCUGUGUGACCAGAAGGGGUGGAACCUGGCUCCAACUCUCUUAGACCUCAUUUAAGGGCUGACUGCCACUGGUGUAGGUUCUCUGGGUGGAGAUCCCUCAUUUGUGGAGUUUUCCCUGUGAGGUUAGGUCUUCAGAGAUAGGUGAGCACUUUUUAUCCUGCUGUUUCUUUUGUCAUUACGUCUCUUGUAUUGUUGUUCCACCAUACUGAUUGUUAUGCUUAAGUGAAAACAUAUGGAAUUUAAAGCAAAUUAAGCCCUUUUUUGUGUGAAGCAAAGACAGUUUCUAUAGAACAGAAACAUCUAAAACUUGCUUUUUUCGUGUUCUAAGUUAGUGUUAUUAGUAGGCAUAUCAAAUUUCAAGGAGAGUUCUGAAAAUCACUUUGUUGUUGGAUGUGGGAGUACUAUGUUAUGUGUAUUCAAAAGUACAGAAUUUGGAUUAAAGUUGUGAUUUUGAAUGAAAUUUUAUUUUUAAAUAACUAGUAUUUUUUGGUGGUAAACUUCUAAGUAACUGUGGUCCAUCUAUGUUUUAGCAGCCAGCAAAGUUUAUCACUGAAGUAAACAGAAGUAGAAAGUACUUUAUUUCUGCUCUGAAUUAGCGCUAGAGAAAACUAUAGAGCUGAUCUCACGGUUGUGUUUAUAAAGGUCUGCUUGUGCCGUGGUCAUGUAUCUAGUGUUUGUGUAAAAGGGGCUGGAAAAGCACUCACCAGCUGAUAUGUCUGUAUCUUGUUGCCAUGGCAUUCAGUUCAUUAGUAUGGAUAAAAAGUUAGCAUGUUACCAUCCUCUCUACCUAUAUUUAUUCUUCUUGUAUCUAGCAGAAGAGGCCAAGAGUAGAAACUGCUGAGAAAAUAUCAUCAGAAAAGUUAUUGCUGGGUAUAUAUACCUUACGAGUAAUCAUUUAAGAAUGUCCUUAACUAGGAGACCCCUGAGGCUGUGGUAACCUGGUAGUUCAACUGCCGAUCUCUAAUCUUAAGGCUGAAUUCUGUUCUGGAAGGAGUAUAAAAGUACUGCUUGCAGUUGCAAGGGGCGAAGACCUCUUUCAUCCUAAUGCUAUUCUCUGGAAGAGGGUAGAAGGUAGAAAGAAAUUAGAAGAGAUGGUACGACAGUGGUGUUGUACACAGAGGAUGGUGGUAUGCUGGGUAAAUGUUGCUAUGUUUCUACCAGACUAAGAUGUGGCUUAAUCAGAUAUCUUAACUUAGAGUUAAAUGCAAGUUCCUGUGAUAAGGGGAUGCUGGUGUUUGAUUACCCAUGUACUUUCUCAAAAGUAAAAACUUCUGCAGGCAAUUAAGAAUUUGCUGACACUGUAGUUUCUUAAGGUGACUGCUCUUCAGUAAUUUACUUCACUCCCUGUAUAGCACAAACCUGUUUUAUGUUCUGUUUCCAGGUUUUUUUUUGAAAAAUGUGUGUAUGUAACUGUUCUAACACUUGCUUUUUCUUAAGUUGGGUUCAGGGAUUCUCAAACAAGAACUUUGGCUUUAUCAACAAUCAAACUGUCUGCUACUCCUGUGGCAAUUACAUCCUCUUCUUGAACAUUAAAACAAAGAAGACAACAGCACUGCAGUGUCAGACUGGCCAGGUGGGAGCCUUUGCAGUGAACCCCAACUGUGGAGUGCUGGCCUUCUCAGAUCGGAAGCUGAAUCCUGUCAUAUAUGUCUACAGUUUUCCAGAGCUGAAUAAACUUUCAGAGUUGAAAGGUAACAUUCAGUUGGACUACAGCUUACUUGCAUUUAGUUUCUUGGGUCCAUAUCUAGCCAGUUACUCUUCAUUUCCAGACUUUGUUCUUUCAGUAUGGAACUGGCAAGAAAAUAUCCUCCUGUGCAGUGAGUCUCAGCCAGGAGUAGCAGCAACCUCCAUGAGUUUUAAUCCUAUGAACUGGCAACAGCUCUGUUUUGUUACUGAGAGCUCUGUUACUAUCUGGCAUAUUGAAAGAAAUCAUGACGAGCAUUAUCUUAUACAAAACCCUGUGAAACUCCCUGAUAGGCAAGGUUCUCUGGAUCAUCAUGAGGAUUUGUUUUUCCCAUAUUCUUGUGUUGAAGAACCCUACCAUGGCCCUGUUAUGCCAGUUUCAGCCAUUGCUGGACUAGUAGGAGAUGAAGCAGAAACAUUCGUGCCUAGAACUGAUAUUAAGCCUUCAUUGCAUCCUACUGCCCACUGCUGGACUACAACCUCUGACAUUUACCUGGGCUGUAAAGAAGGUUAUAUUUUGGCAAUUGAUACUGAGAAAUGCAGUGCUUCAAUUAUUCAACAAAAACCUCUAUCUGAACAGAUACGUAAAAUAUCAGACAUGUUGGACUACAUUCGUAGAGAAGUACAGAAAAAGAAAGGUGGCAAACCACAGGCUCUGCGAAGAACAGUUGUGUUUACCAUGGCAUUUUGUAAUGAGGGACUGUACACAGCUGGAAUUGAGGGCGUUUUAUACUUUUAUCAUAUCAGAGAUCUCCAAUAUGAGAUGAAAAUGUGUACUGACAUCUCAGAACCCAUAUCUACCCUCAUAUUCUCUCCUGAUUACACAAUACUUCUGAUUAUUACUGAUCAGGGGACAAUCUAUUCUUACGAACCUGCCCACGGUGGAGAAGCUGUCAAACUCCUGAAUGCAUUCAGCAGUUAUUUGCUGGCUGCUGAUUUUCUUACUCUAGGGGACAAGUACUGUGUGUCUGUAACAAUUUCAGGUGGAGUACAAAUUUGGCUUCUGGAAAAUGGGACUUGCCUCAGCAUGCUAAACCUUGAUAUUGAGGCAACUGCUAUGGCUUGUUGUCCCUCUUCAAACAGUGUUGCUGUAGGAACGAAAGGGGGUCAAAUCUAUUUUAUUGACGUUACCAAAGUUGAAGCUCCACGGGUUGUUCACAGAAGUUGUCUUUCCAAAUUUCCAGUACUAUCUUUGCAUUAUGAUCAGAGUGGCCAGUUCCUAAUAGUUAGAGCUAUGGAAGGAUAUAUCUUCGUUCUAGAUGCUCGGCCUUCAAAAUUAUUCCAAGUUCUUGGAUAUGUAGUGUUGGCAGGUGAGGUGCUGAGUCUUUCAGUAGUUUCUGACUUCAAGAACAACGUAGUUGAAGUGAUGGUGCUUCUUAAUGUAGCAGAGAUCCAACAAACAAGGCUGGAAAUCUUUUGCCUCUCGUCAACACUCAUGGAAGGAAUUGAUAAGUAUGUUAAUGAUCAAGGAAUGCUAAAUGCUAGUGCCAUUAAAAAGGAGCAGUAUGAUCUGGAGUACCCUUUGAGUUCAGCAGUCAGACUGAAGGAUAACAUAGUGUAUGGCUACUGUACCUGUGCACCUUUCAUCUGUAAAUACAAUCUCUCUAAACAGAGCAUUUUGGAAGACCCACCAGUAUUUUUACCAGAAAAGAUAAUUCCUAGCAAUCAGUUUGGAUCAGGAUUCAUCUGUUUAUCACCCAACAGCCGAUGGCUGGCAUCAGCAGCAAAGGAUGGUGUUUUGUUCAUCUAUGAUACUUCCACUAUGGAGAUACUUGCUCAAAACUAUUGUCACUCAUAUGAAGGAGGGGGAAUCAGAUCUAUAAUAUUUUCACUAGAUGGCAAAUUCAUCCUGGUCAGUGGUGAAAGUGAUGGUGCCCUGGUGUGUCUCAAAUGGAAGAAGAUAGAGGAAAUUGAAGUUAAAGAAGCUGACUUUCACUGGCAGUCUCUUCUUACUAUACUGAACAAGUCAAUUUUGGAUGAAAAUGCUGUUUUAACGUGUAUGGCAGAAUGGCAAAUUGAGUCAAAAUCCACAUCGGAAUCAGUUCCAGAAGAGAAAUCUAAGAAGUCACCACUUGAACCUUCCAAUGCAGCAGUGACAGAAGAUGGAAACUUUACAAGUUUGCAUUUAGACAGUACUAGUGAAAUGACCUGGUUAUGCCGGAAAACAGAGAAGGUCAUUAGAGAAGAAACUGAGAGGUUUGCCAACCAGAAGAAAGAGCUUCAAAUGAGAAUUAAGAAGCUGCAUAAAACUAUCCAGAAAAUGAUGCAUGAAAAUGAACAGGUGCCAGACAUUGAGAAACUGGGACAGCAGGAAUUCAACCUGGAUGUGGAAGAGCAGGAAAGAGCACAAGUAGAGGCUGAACAAGAAGUGGCCAGGAUAAGGGAGAAGAUUGAAAUGGAGAUUUUAGCUAAUUGCUACUUGCAGGAUGUUAUCAAACAUGAGUGCUGGGAUUCCAUGUGUGUAAAAGGACGGGCAGUUAAGUGUUUCCAUAUAGCUUGUGAAGUGGAGAAUUAUCCCCUGAAGAAACGUGAUGAAGAAGAGCUGAGAACUUUGGAGAAAGUUCUGCACUUAAGGAAGAUUGAAGCAGCUAAUCUUAAGGUUCAGAAAAAAGUUCUUGAGACUAAGUCUGAGACUAUAUUAUUUAAAGAAGAAGAGAAUACAGAAGAAGUCAUGGCUGAUGAUACUGCAUCUUGCUGCCUGGUUGGAAGUCUGAGUUCUCAGUAUGGUGCAGACACAUCUAUACUUUACCACCAAUUGGACUUGCACUCCAGGGAGCAGAAAGUCAAUCAGAUAGUAUUACUGAAGGACAUCAUUUACAAAGUGAAAACUGCUUUUAAUAAGGAAUUUGACCUAGUUGCUCAACAAAAGGAGCAGGAAAUAGCACGAAUUAAAGAAAGAAAUGUUAAGAUCCGAGAAAUCUUGCAACAACUUGACCUCCAAGUGGAAGUGUGGGAACCAGGUCUUACGUGUGAUGAGAAACCAGAGCAGGUGCUCACUGUUAAGGAUUCAGAGAUUAAAGCUGAAAAAUACCUGACUCCACAAGAGAGAGAGAAAGCAGAAAUGCUGACUAGACUUGAAAUGGAAAGACAACUUGCUUCUCUGGACAGUGAAAGACAGCGUGCUCUCAAUGACAUGAUGGGUGGAGUUCUAGAAGUCACGCAGGAAGAUAUCUUGAAAAUUGAUAUUCCUCCACCUUCCUUUAUAUCCAAGCCUGAAGAUGAAUGGAAUGAUCAAGAAAAGAAAAUAUUCAGUGAAUAUGAGGAAAAAGUCAAAGAGCUGAAUGAAGAAAAAGAAAAGUAUAGAAGGACACUGAAAAAUGAAUUGGAGGAACUUGAAGCUUCCAUCCAGGAAACAACACAAAACUUUGAUAAGACUGUGUGCAAACUCUUUGAAAAGAAAGUGAAUUUAGAGAAGGUCGUCUAUCAGGAAGAACUCAAAAUUGUCAAUCUCAUUUAUUCUUUACUGUUGGAUGAGGAGUUGGAUAGUAGGAAAGCUGGACUUAGUCAUUUCCUGGUAAAGAAGCAGAAAGAGAAAGUCAAGAUUGCAAAAACAGUGGAGACUACAAAAAAGAAAAUCGAGUUUUACACAGAACAAUAUGAUAAUGCAAUAGCUGAAGAUAAGAAUCUGGAAUAUGGUUUUAGAAAGAAGUUUGUUGAUGUUCCUGCUAAUCUUCUUGAUGAACUUUUGGAACUUUACAAAUGUCGACCAAGGGCUGCAAUGACAGAAAUAUAUCUGGAUGCUGCAAGCCGUUCUAGAACUUGUUCAGUCUCAGCUGAAGAUUAUAAAGAUGCACUCACCCAUUUAAUGAAAGCCAUGGAUGAACUGGAUAAUCCUGAGCACAUGCCUAAUGGCUUAGACCCAUCUAUAUGGGAAAGUUUUUGUCUAGCUAGACGAAAUAAAUUCAAGAGUGAGCAGCUGGUGAAAUGGAUGCCCCUAAUUCUGGCAGAAAUGAAGGUCUUUCUCCAAAGAAGAAUAGAUGACAAUGAGAAGAUGAGCUCAAAAAUAGAAAAAAUUUUCCAAGAACUCACUUGGCUGCAGGAGGAGAAGAUAAAAUUUCAACUGAAUUUGACUUUCCAGUUUUUGCUGAAACAAGGACAGGUAGAAUUGGAAAGUGCUGAGAUCCCAGAUUACACUGAUGCCAUUUUCAUAAAAAAGAGUGUUAUUGAAGAACUGAAUUGCAAUAUCAUGGAUCAAGUAGAAAAAAAAAUUGCUAGCAUGGUGGAAUGCAAAGAAUUCUCUAAGGGGAUAUUUCAGCUGGAAUGGGAGCACAAGAAAAUGAGAAUGCAAAUAGAAGAUCUGAAUCAGAAGGCUCAGGAUAUUGCAACAUUACCUAUUACAAAAGAUCGCCAGCUAUUCCUAAACAUGCUGGACUAUGAUAGCCACAUUGCCCACCGCAUCGCAGUGAUGGAGAAGACUCUAGGUGUCAUGGAUAAGCUGCACAAGAAGAAUAUGAAGAAACAUCAGAAGAGAAUUAAAGAGUUGGAGAAGUGCAUCAGUUUAAAAGAGCAAGCAAACUAUGAGCUGAGCCUUGAGCUGAAGGAAAUGCUUGUGUCUGUUUCAGAAAGGAGGCAUAUCUCUCAGGCAGCUGACAUGCAGCUUAUUUCUGAAAGGACCACAAAGCGGCGUUACCAGGAGAUUUUGAAGAAGAAACAUCUACGAGGUCUCAUAGAGGAGCAGAAAAAACACCUUGAAAUUCUUCAAGCAGAAGCUGAAAGAUUAAGAUCAAAAACAUUCCCUAUUCUUUAAAAGUCCCAAUCCUGGUAGAUGUACAAGAAUAUGAAUUUGGAAAUCUACCUUCUCUCUCUGAACUUGUCUUUCAGCAACUAUUUUCUUCUGUUAACAUUUUCUGUUCUUCUAUUUCUCAUCAAAUAACAUAACUUCAAAAGAUACAUGUUUGUUUCAUAGAUUUUAUACCUCAUCUAACUUACAUUGUUUUUUCUUUUGUGAUGCACUUCUGCUGUUUUGAUUAUAUAAACCAUAUAGCUUAUUACAGAAAAUAAAUGAAAGAUUAACUUGUAGAAUGAUAGGAAUAUACCUGUUCUAUUUCCUUAGUAUGCAGCUGCAGGAUACUGUGAAGUACUGCAAGAAAGCCGUAAAUCUGCAUCUGUCAAUUGGCCCUUUUCCAUGCUUCAUGUCAGUUUUUCUCUAUCUUUCAUUAAUUCCCAUAAAAUCUAAAAUUAUUCCUCUGUGAGAGUAUUAAUAGUUUUGAUAUCUGGAUUCAGCAAAAUCCUAUACCUGUAAUGAGAAGUACUUCUGUUUUGACUGCAUUACAAACACUUUUGCUUAAUCACCUCAGAGGUUUUUAAAGGAUUCUAAUUACAUCUCCAUUCUUCCUGCAAGCUUUUUUGCUUCUUGCUGAAACAUCCUUAGAAGUAACAGAAUUCCAAACUUGCUAAAUAAAGGCCUUAGAAAAAAGAACUGCCCCCAAAAGGAAGUCCCAUCAUCUUGUUUCAGUAAGUUAAAGAGGCAGAAGAAAUAAUGUAUUAAUAAUAAAUGUUGUUCUUUAUUAAUUCCCAGUGGGCAAUGCCACUCAGUAUUCCUGAAAGUAAACUGUGGCUACAAACUUCAAUUUAAUAAGCCCUAACAACAUUAAAAUAGACUAUUUCGUCUGUGAUUUUCUUUCCACUUCCCUUGGGCUAUGUACAAAAUUACUUCCUUAUUAAUGAGUAAUUGCCACAUAUAAAGAAAAUAGUUAAACUACAGCAAAUAAGGAACAUGGUUGUAGUUAAAAAUAUUUACAGCAGGAAGCAUGGUAGAUCAAGUGCAGAUCUAUAUACUGGUACAGUGGAUAAAAGGAGGAAAACAAAAGCAGCCAAGUCACCACAAUACAUACACAGAAAUGAGAAAAUAAGCAAUUUCAAGUUGAAAUAAUAAGAGUAAAACAUUUUGAAAAGACAGUGUUUAUUGGAGAAGGAAUGAAAUGCUGAAGUUUUCUUUAGUGUUACUGCAGAAAGGUAAAUUAUGCUGUAAUUGAAGAACCUUGGAGAGAGAAUGCUUCAGCUCUUAAAUGAGCCAAUACAGUAGACAGAUGGCAGUUACAGUUUUCUUUUUUUUUUUUUCUAUUACCAAAAGCUGUCAGAGUUCCUCUAAAAACAACUGUCUGAACAAGGAUCAGUGCCAUUAUGAGAUAUUUCCCUUAGAUGUUCUAAAUAGCUUUAAUUAUUGCCAGUUGUAGUUACAGAAUAUUAACAUUAAGUUAUCUUUACCUGACUUGCAAAAUGCUGUUAUUAACUGGCAGCAGGAACAAAUUUGGAAGAUGAGGAUGUAUCUAUGAACAAAGAACUGAACCCUUGUCCCCAUCUAAACAUCAACAGAAGUGACAAUUGAUUUGAACUUGCAUUCUGUCUUAAAACCAUGAAGACUAACAGGCACAAGGCAGACAGUUGUUUGAUUAAAGUAUUACUUGAUUUCAUUUUAUUUUAAAUAAUUCACUGACCC